UUUCUGCUUUCCUUUUCCACGUUUCCAACCUCCAUUGUGUACCACCACAUCUACCUUGGUUACGUUGCACACACGGCUUUUUGGAAGUCCCAAGCGGGUGUGAGAGUUCGAUGAGUCUAUGCAACCGAGGGGGAAAUGGGUGGGAUAUGGGAUAAUCGGCGUGCUUUAUGUGUUUUGGGAGUGUUGCUUCACCUUGGGAAUAUUUGCGGGAUCUUUGCGUUUCUUGUUUGGAGUAAUUAUACCCCCUAGUUUCGUUAGUCUCCCCCUUUCUUCCUAUGUACCACAGUGUGGGUCUUGGGAAAUAUCUCUACGUCAUCACGACUUUUGCAUGAAACGGUGGAAGAGAAGAUGGGGUUAUAGUCUCAAUCUCCGAUGUUGGGACAGUUCAUAUCCUGACUGUCCAAGCUAAAGUACUAUGUAUGCGCGCUCUUAUGUGAAUUGCAGGCCCUUGUUGAGCUUUUGUUCUUAACAAGGUGUUAUGUUGAGACUGU